AGCAAGACAGGAGCUUUCUGGUGAAGAGAGAUGGGGUCUUCGGGAGCUAGCAAAGUGAUGCUCAGAUCCUGUCUCUACUCUGCCAUACCUAGCCCAUCAUAACAGGAUGCUAGAGUCCAAUAGAUCUGACUCCUCCCAGGCUCCUUUCAGCUUUCUCCCAAGAACCCAUGACACCAGGCAUAUGAGGCAAUCUUCUUCAUGGUCCACCUGUAUUUUUUGUCUUUAGGUCUUCAGCCACCAUGCGGCUCUGGGCUCUGCUUCCCGUGAUCCUAGCUGUAGGGGGUAUCGCUGGCUUCUGGGUUGUGUAUGCCAUGGCGGUUGCAAAUGGCUCCGUGAACAUCACAGAAGCAUUUCCAUACAUCAGCACGUGUGGCGCAUAUCCCCCCCAGAGCUGUGUGUUUGGUCAGAUUCUCAAUCUGGGAGCCUUUUUAGGCAUGGUGAUCUGUUAUCUAAAGUACCAACAAGUGCGGAAUUAUGGUUGCCGCUCCCGUUUAAAUCUAACUGGGCUUGUUCUAGGCAUGUUUUGUGCCCUUGGCGCAUCUAUUGUGGGCAAUUUUCAGCAAUACAACCAGCUGGAAACCCAUUUGUUUGGCGCCUUCUUGGCCUUUGUGGUGGGCAUCCUUUAUUUCUGGGUCCAAGCAUUUCUGACUGAUAAAGUGAAGCCGAGACACGGAGGGUUGUGGAUUGGGCCUCUCAGGUUCGCUCUCAGCGUCUGUGGCACUGUCUUCCUUGUGGCCACAUUUGUGCUCUUUUACUUGAAACGGAACUCUGAGGCCGCCUACUGUGAAUGGGCGCUGGCCAUGGACCUCUUCCUGCUUUUCGGCCUCUUCGCCGUGGAUUUCUGGCACAUAGGCGACUGCUUAGUCUGUGUGCAGCCUCACCGAAGAACCCAAGAUAUCCAGGCCUCCACACAGACCCUGCAGCUUUGAUGACCCUGUGGGGAAGAAGGGGCUUUGUGAGGAUGAGUGUGGGAACUCACCCCAGGCCAGCCUUGUGGUGGGAAAAGUCAUGCCCCACUAUAUUGGAAACCAAAGUCGUUCUGGCCUUCUGCUGUGAGAGAAAGGAGUCUCUAAUAUUCCAUGGGACCCUUGGUGGGCAGCAUAUAUGUGCCAUCCAACCAGCUUGGAAAGCCUCCCCAGCUGUGAUUCCUCAUAACCCACCAAAUUAACUCUGCCACUGAGCAGAAAUAUCCCAGGUGCCCUUGGUAGGAUCCAGCCAUGCCUUUCCAUCGACUGAGAAAUAUUGCCGGUUCUUUCACAAAGAGAUCCACACUCAGUCUUCCUCUACAUGUCAUCGGAAAACUAUUUUUUUAAAGUGCCUGUUUUAUAUUCUACUAGCACCUUCCCACAGUGGCGGCAACAUGGCACCCUUCCGCUCUCUUGGCCACCUUGACACCGCUAUAUGAAACACAGUGCAGUGGAAGGAUCCCAGUUACGGCUCUGACUUUUGUGGCACAGUUGGAUGUAUCCUUCUGCUGAUGAGACCAGCCUUUGCAUUCUACCUCAUGGGUGGGCCUAGAACCCUUUGAACAUGGUUGGAUGGAUGAGCAGCGAUUCCACCAUGUACUCCUACUACCUCAACAAGAAAGUGUGGGAGGUGAAAGGAACCAGAAAAACAAAUGCUUCUUCUUCACAGUCUGGUUCAGUUCAAUGAAUCCUUGGCACAACUACUGAGGAUUGGCUAAAGUAUGCAGGUAGUUCUACAUGGAUCCUUAUGCCAGUAAAACAGUAGCCCAGGUAGUGUUCCCUCUAACAGGGAUGCCCAGAUGUUGUUGACUACAACUCCCAGAAUCUCCAGCUGCAAUGGCUUUUGCUUGGGGAUUCUGGGAGUUGUAGUCAACAACAUCUGGGCAUCCCUGUUAGAGGGAACACUGAGCCCAGCUGAGUGGUUGCAUCUCCCUACCUCAUCCUCUGGAUAUAUCCAGGCACAGACAGCUGCUAGUUGAAACCAUCCUGUGUUAAAGGAUGAUGAUAUUGUGUCUUAAAUUCCUGGCUGGCUUCUUAACCAUGUAAAUACUUCUGAAUCACUCCAUGAAGGCAGGCCCAAUUUUUUUUCUUUGAUAUACUGUAGUACCAUGUAUGACUACUCUUGUGUCCUUCCUCUAGGGGGAAAGUAGUCCCAUCCUUUGUUUUCUUUGCUAUGUAAGGGUUGGAGGUAGCUGAACCAUCCCAUUAUGGGGAUGAAUACUGAGUUCCAAGAUGCCUCUCUUUCUAAUAUGUUCCCUUUGGGAGUUUAUUCAAACUGUACCCUUGCACAAGUGGGAAAACAAGUCUGUCCCCCAACUCUGAUUUUAACUACUUGUUCUCUCAACCUCCCCCAAUCUAACUGAUUUCUUCCUUUCUGUGGAAGAUUUAAUAAACCGAAAGCCUCAGAUUCAGUUCUCAUCA